UGGACGGUAGAUUCGAAUACCAGUUGCUCAGAGAUCCGAACGCCUUCGAUUUCGAUUCGGAUGAAGAUUCAGACUGAUCGUUCUUGGACAACAUGGCCCAACCAUGCUAGCAUGUCCGGAACUGUGCCAUCCACGCCACUCACCGACAUUGAGACACCAUCGGCUAUCUGCUUGCUCCAUCCUUCGUGCUACGCGAAAAGUCUCUGGAAAACCUGAGGCAGCUUUGAUGACGUCAGCCAUCGUUUGUGACAAACCGAUGGAAAUACAUCAACAAGCACAACUUCACACUGAGGUUUGGUGAUUACACAGUUGACGAUGAAGCGGAUUCUGGUCGUUGCAGGAUCUGACAGUUCGGGUGGCGCCGGGCUGGAGGCAGAUCAAAAAGUUAUAGCGGCCCAUGGUUGCUAUGCUAUGACUGCGACGGCCGCUUUGACGGCGCAGAACACGCAAGGCGUCCACGGCAUGCACGAUGUUCCCUCCACAUUUGUUCAACAGCAGAUCGAUGUCUGCAUCGACGACAUAGGAGUAGAUGUUCUCAAGACAGGCAUGCUCGCUUCGGCACAGACCGUUCAAGUUGUCGCUGAUUCCAUUCGACGCCACAAGAUCGGCCUCAGUGUUAUUGAUCCUGUCAUGGUCUCAACGAGUGGAUCGGAGCUCCUUCCAGAGGAAGCUGUUUCAACACUUUGCAGCCAACUGCUCCCUGUCUCUACCAUCUGCACUCCCAACAUUCCCGAGGCGGUUCUGAUGCUUCGCAAGAGCGGUCGACCUUCCGUGGAAGUACAGAACUUGAACGACUUGAAGGGUCUCGCAGCUGCAGUGCAUGCAUUGGGUCCGAGAUAUGUCCUUCUGAAGGGAGGCCAUCUUCCUCUCACGUCUGACCACUCAGUGGCUCGGACAGAGGAAGAGAAGCAGAUUGUGGUGAACGUCCUCUUCGAUGGCAAGUCAGCAGAGAUGAUCGAGUUUCCGUAUCAGAAGUCACGACACACCCAUGGCACCGGAUGCUCAUUAGCCUCUGCACUCGCCUGCAACCUUGCCCUUGGUCUGGACAUGAAGCAAGCUGUAAAGGCAGCAAGCAGAUAUGUCGACGCUGGCAUCAAAUCAGCUGUUCAGCUGGGGCAAGGUUCUGGACCGAUCAACCAUUUCCAUUCACUACAGAUCAUGCCAUUCGUACCAGGCGGCUUCGUGGAUUACAUCCUUGAUCGAUCCGAUGUGCAGCCAGCAUGGCAUGCAUUUACACACCACGACUUUGUCGAGAAGAUGGGAGACGGAACUUUGUCGACAGAGUUGUUCAAGGACUACAUGAUCCAAGACUACCUCUAUCUGAUUCAUUUCGCGAGAGCCAACGCUCUGGCUGGCUACAAGACGAAGAACAUUGAAGAUAUCGCCGGUGCUGCCCAGCUCGUUACGCACAUUCGCCACGAGAUCAACCUUCACAUCAGCGAAUGCAAAGAGUUCGGGUUGACGCAGCAGUACAUGGACCAGUGCGAGGAGAGUCAAGCGUGUACGGCGUACUCACGCUACGUGCUCGACAUUGGACAAUCGGAGGACUGGUUGGCGCUGCAAGUCAGCUUGCUGCCGUGUCUGCUCGGCUAUAGCGUGAUUGCACGACGACUGAAAGAGCUUCAGAAGACGACGCCACCCAGCACUCCCAACAGAUACCUCACUUGGAUCAACAACUACGUCGCCGAAGAAUAUGCAACGGCUGUCAAAAAGGGUUGUGAUCUGAUCGAGAAGCAUGCGUCGAGGCAGUCUCCAUACCGGAUUGAGGAGUUGGUGAAGAUCUUCAUUCAUGCAACCAAGGUAAGCUGCGCAUUGCUGGAGUCGAAAGAGGCGUACUGA